CUGUUUCUGUUCGAUAAAUUUUAUCCUGCGUGUAUUUUUGGAUUCGUACACAACAUUUUUAUGAAUCCCUCUGUAAUUAUUUUGAAUUCAUCAUGAGAACUGCUUUGAUGGUGGCUGAAAAGCCAUCUUUAGCACAGAAUCUUGCUAACAUUCUUAGUAAUGGCAAAUCUAGUACCAAUAAAGGUCAAAAUGGAGCUUGUUCAGUUCAUGAAUGGAAUGGCACUUUUAAAAAUGAGCCAGUCCGGUUUAAAAUGACUUCUGUUUGUGGGCAUGUUAUGGGUUUGGAUUUUACCGGUAAAUACAAUAACUGGGAUAAAGUGGAUCCUGUGGAGCUGUUUAGUUGCCCGACAGAGAAGAAGGAAGCUAUGCCUCGAUUGAGAAUACCCGCUUUCUUGGCACAAGAGGCCAGAGGAUGUGAUCUGCUGAUACUUUGGCUUGAUUGUGAUAAAGAAGGAGAAAAUAUCUGCUUUGAGGUCAUGAGUUGUGUCCAGGGCUACCUAAAGAACGAUGUAAACUCACCCCUAGUGACGUAUCGUGCACACUUCUCUGCCAUCACAGAUAAAGACAUUAAAGCAGCCAUGAUGAACUUGGGCAGGCCCAAUGAGAACCAGUCACGGUGUGUAGAUGCUCGUCAAGAGUUGGACUUACGGAUUGGGUGUGCGUUUACUAGAUUCCAGACUAAGUAUUUUCAAGGUAGAUAUGGUGAUCUAGAUGCCUCACUGAUAUCCUACGGGCCAUGCCAAACUCCAACUCUUGGUUUCUGCGUCCAACGGCACGAUGAGAUUCAGACAUUCAAGCCGGAGUCUUUCUGGGUGCUCCGCGUGACUGCUUCUACCUCUGAGGGAAGAGAACUGCCACUAGAAUGGAAGAGAGUGAGGUCUUUCGAGAGAGAUAUUGCGAAUAUGUUCCUUGCUGGCAUCAAGGAAAUAAAAGAAGCUUUGGUGGUGAAUGUUCAAGCAAAAGAAAAAAUCAAAGCUCGUCCAGUUGCUUUGAAUACCGUGGAGCUGAUGAGAGUGGCCAGUGCGGGACUUGGAAUGGGACCUCAUCAUGCUAUGCAGGUUGCUGAGAGAUUGUACACUCAAGGUUACAUUUCCUACCCUCGUACUGAGACAAGCAGUUAUCCAGAAAAUUAUGACUUGAUUGGUACAUUGAAGCAGCAGCAACACUCCAACAAAUGGGGCGCAGAAGUCCGCGCCCUGAUCGCGAAUGGCAUCAACCGCCCGAAGAAGGGACACGACGCUGGCGACCAUCCUCCUAUCACACCUAUGAGGCAUGCGAGCGAGAACGAACUUGAAGGCGACAUGUGGCGUAUCUACGACUACAUCACGCGGCACUUCAUAGCGACUCUCUCUAAGGACUGCAAGUACCUCAGCACCACCAUAACCUUCGAGAUCGGUUCGGAGACGUUCUAUUACACGGGGAAUACCCUGGUUGAGGCUGGAUACACCGAGAUUAUGCAUUGGCAGGCGUUUGGCAAGGACGAGUUCGUGCCGUUGCUGCAAGUGGACGACGUGCUGCGAGCGCACGACCACAGGCUCGUCGAGUGCCAAACUUCGCCUCCCGACUACCUUACCGAAGCAGAGGUCAUCACGCUGAUGGAGAAACACGGCAUAGGCACCGACGCGUCAAUCCCCGUUCACAUCAACAACAUCUGCCAGAGGAACUACGUCAUCGUGGGCAGCGGCCGACGACUCGUGCCCACCAAUCUUGGAAUUGUCUUGGUGCAUGGCUACCAGAAGAUCGACCCAGAAUUAGUCCUCCCAACAAUGCGGUCAGCCGUCGAAGAGCAGCUAAACCUCAUAGCUGUGGGCCAAGCGGACUUCCACGCCGUGUUAGCUCACACCACGGAAAUAUUCCGUCGCAAGUUCCAGUACUUCGUACGGUCUAUUGAAGCCAUGGACCAGCUGUUCGAAGUCAGCUUCUCAUCGCUGAAAGCAAGCGGAAAAGCGCUGUCUCGCUGCGGCAAGUGCAGGCGAUACAUGCGCUACAUCCAGGCCAAACCGGCGCGCCUGCACUGUUCCCACUGCGACGACACAUACGGACUGCCUCAGAACGGCACGGUCCGUAUAUACCGCGAGCUGAAGUGUCCGCUGGAUGACUUCGAACUGCUGUCCUGGUCUUCAGGGAACAAGGGGAAGAGCUUCCCUCUAUGCCCGUAUUGCUAUAACCAUCCGCCGUUCAGGGAUAUGAAGAAAGGCUUCGGUUGCAACUCGUGCACGCACCCCACGUGUCCCUACGGCGUGAACUCCACCGGCGUGUCGGGCUGCGUCGAAUGCGAUAAUGGCGUUUUGGUUCUGGACCCUUCGGCGCCCAAGUGGAAGCUGGCCUGCAACCGGUGUGACGUCAUAAUCAACAUAUUCGAAGAAGCCACACGCGUGACGGUCUGCGACCAGCCAUGCUCGGCGUGUGGGGCCCAACUGGUAACCGUGGAGUACCGCGCCGAGAAAACCAGGCUCCCUGCAGCUCUUACUGAGAUGACUGCCUGUUUGUACUGCGAGCCCACAUUCAGUGCUCUGGUGGAGAAACACCGCGCGGUCGCGUCUCGCGCGCCUGCGGGUCGCGGACGCGGCGGGCGCGGGCCGCGUCCUGCCAAGCACCGCAACAAGCAGCCCAAGGACAAGAUGGCGCAGCUCGCCGCUUACUUCGUGUAGCCUUCGGUACCUAACAACUGUUAUUAACUUUAUGUUUACUUAUAAAGCCCGGCCGCCGAGCACGUAGAAUUUCGUCCAAUGACC